AUGAUUCACCUCGCGGGCGCAAGGUCCCAGGAGAACGCGGUCAAAACCCUACCCUCGGCGCUUUUUGAGUGCUACGACGACGAGACCCACAAGGGGUGGAACCAGCUGCCCCACAACAUCAAAAUCCUCAUCGAGAUAAUCCGCAAGAUCGAGGACCACUCGGCCCAGCACGUGAAUCUCCUGGACAUGCGCUACCUGUCCACGGCCAUCCUACAUCGAUUCCGCCAGGACGGCAUCGUGAGGAAUCCGCACGUCAAAGCGCGCGAGGGUAUACUCCCUUACGCGCCGCUCGGCAAGCAGUUUUUCCGUCACGCGCAGACGCUGAGGGUUAUACCGGGAAACGCCUUCAACUUCCCCAACGACAGCCUCACCCCCAUUGAGAGGUGUACACUCCACUCGAUGUUGAGCAGCAGCAUCGAUAUUUUUGAGCGCGGCGACGAGAGCCGCACGUGCCGGUUCGCCAACUAUGCUUUCCGCAGAUUCGGCAGGAGCACCGACGAACGCAAUGUCAAGGAAGACGUCGAAACCCUCACCGCCGAGCAAAUAGACCUAAUGACCGGUAAGAGCGGCAGAGACGUGGUGGACCCGAACUCCCUGUACCCUGCCUAUCCCAGGAACCAUCCGAGCAGCGAACGCCUCGUCAACACUCCACCGCUCAGCAAGUGCCCCAUCGAGAACGGCGUCGUUCAAACACCGUGGGGCACAGUUUCCGGUGGCUCCGUCAUUGCCGGUAUAGCCACGGGCCUCGAGCCCAUGAUGACGAGGAUAGACGACCUGAUGAAGCAACAGGUCGAGCCGCGCGUGUCCGACUACGCGAGCGACGUAGUCAUCGACAACAAGUUCCUCGCCACGCUCUCCGGUGAUCUGGCCGAGGUGGCGCUCAAGCAGGGGCCUCAGAUACAGGGCAACCGCUACGUUGUCGGGGUCGAGGGCAACUGGAACUCGACGACCAAGCCGUUGUUCUACUUCUUGAACUCCAACGAGAACCUGGAGAUGACGGGGGCCGAGAUCCGUGGUGACAUUGACGGCCUCAUACUCGCCAAUCGAGUGCUCCAAUACUACGAGAAGUCGCGCAAUCUCAGGCUGUCCCAGGUCCUGGACAUGUAUUACGGCGAGCGCGGCUUCUUCGACAGAAACGUGCGGGCUUGCAAGCGACGCGAGCACUUUGUGACCGUCGCCCCCACUGACACCCUCAAAUCUCAAACGCUGAGCGCGGUGAUUCUUCUGAAUCCUGACAUCGGCACCGCGACCUUUUCUUACGAGACAGUCGAGCGCUUUGUCAAGCAGGCCGUCGAUGAUCUUGGCACCCACAUACCGACGAUGAAUCGUGACGAAAGCUGCGACUCCCGGUCCGAUUCGUCGUCAAUGUCCAAUCUGAUCAGCGAGACGGCGGCCAAUCUGACGAUCGUUAUCGACACGACCUGGCCAUUUGACUCGGUCAACAAAAUCCUGUCGCAGCUCCUACUGUCGGGCCAACUCGACGUCAAUAAGUACAACAGCCAGUACACCCUCGUCAACGCGGCCACCGGCUCUGUCAUGUUCAACUCGAGCCACACCCCCCUUACCACCCAAAACUUUAACCAAACGUUCUACAACAGCCGUUAG